CGUGCGCGCCUUGAGCCCCGCCGCCUCGGAGCCCGGAGCUGCCCGCCCCGCGGCCCAGCGAGCCGUAAGUUCUGGAACUACGUCUGAGUGCAGUUAUCAAGUCUGUUGCUGGCUGUCUCGGACACUUGCUGAAAACGUGACUCCCCUGGGUAUGGAAAGGCUCCCGCAAAACUUCCUAGGAAGGCAUUGGCCCCCAGCCUUUGAACACCCACCUGCUCUGCGGGCAGCAAGCGCUGCCACGGACACCUCAGCUCUGGUCUCGAGGCUGGGCCUCGUCUCUUGGGGGGGGCCUGAGGGAGCCUGCGCGUUUGAUGUCCCCUGACCGGAGGGGCCCCCCUCUGAGAUCUCCCAGCUUUAAGCUGAGCAGCCGGCGGAGCGGGAGGCUGGAAGCCGGUUUCACAGACCUCUGCAAACACGAGAGUAGGACUAAAAUGGCUCCGACCCCGUUCCCAGGCUGCUCGUGCACGGUGACCAGAUCCUCCACUGUCCCCACCGGGCCUAGCUGGGGCACGGCUGGGAGCGAACAGAGGCGCUAUUAAUAAUUGCGCACAGCGUACAGCCCCCGUCCGUGGCCCGCGGCAGAGCUCCUAAAGGAACUGCUGUGGGGCCCGGCUCUCCAGACCAGAACCUCUGCCAUCUCCCCGAACGAAGCAGGCCUCUCGAUACCUAGCUUCUAAAACCUGGAGCUCGUAUUUGGGGAGUGCUCACCGGGCCCCUCGACACAGGAAGCUGGGCCAGAGCAGAAAGCCCGUGGCCCGGGGCCACACGCCGCUCUCUGACCAUGCGGUGUCCUGCCUCUCCAGUCAGGAUGGAAACACCCAGGGGAUAGAGGGACGCGGCUCGAGGCCAGGACGUAACUGUCAGCGUUGACCUGGCGUUCCCGCAAGUCAGAGCGCAUGGUAGGUUGAUGGAAGCCAAGCCCGCCGUCAUGUGGAGCUGCGGCCCGCUCAACGGCACGGGCGGCGUGGAGGACCAGCCGCUGUGCCAGCACAUGCAUCUGGUCCUGUCCGUCUUCUCCCUGCUCUACCUGGUGGCCGGCGUCCCCGUCGGCCUGGGCUACAACGCCCUGCUCGUCCUGGUCAACCUGCACGACCAGAGCAGCAUGACCAUGCCUGACGUCUACUUCGUCAACAUGGCCGUGGCGGGCCUGGUGCUCAGCGCCCUGGCGCCCGUGCACCUGCUGGGCCCCACCGCCUCCGGGUGGGCCCUGUGGGGCUUCGGCAGCGAGGCCCACGUCACGCUGCUGGUGCUGUUCAACGUCUCCUCCCUGGUGACCAUGUACUCCACGGCCCUGCUCAGCCUCGACUGCUACAUCGAGCGGGCGCUGCCGCGCACCUACAUGUCCAGCGUCUACAACACGCGACACGUGUGCGGCUUCGUCUGGGGCGGGGCCCUGCUCACCAGCUUCUCCUCCCUGCUCUUCUACGUCUGCAGCCACGUGGCCGCCAGGAUCGUCGAGUGUUCCAAGAUGCGGGACGCGCAGGCCGCGGACGCCAUCAUGGUGUUCAUCGGCUACGUGGUCCCCGCCCUGGCCGUGCUCUACGCGCUCGCGCUCCUCUCGAGGAUCCGGAAGGAGGACACGCCGCUCGACCAGGACGCGGGGAGGCUGGACCCCUCGGUGCACAGGCUCCUGGUGGCCACCGUGUGCACGCAGUUCGGGCUCUGGACGCCUCACUACCUGACCCUCCUGGGGCACACGCUGCUGGCCUUGCGGGGGAGGCCCGUCGACAGGCACCACCUGGGGAUCCUGCUCUUCGCUAAGGACCUGGCGAGAUUCCUGGCCUUCUCCAGCAGCUCCGUGGUGCCGCUCCUUUACCGCUACAUCAACAGAAACUUCCCCGGCAAACUCCGGCGGCUGAUAAAGAAAAUGCACUGCGGGCGCCAGAGCUGCUCCCCGGACCAAGCAGGGGUACAGCAGGUGAUGGCGUAGAGCCGGCGGCUGGGGUCGCGGUCGCUCGCUGAGCGCGGGUCCUGGGGCCGCCACCAGUGCCCCGGGUGGGGUCAUCGGACGGGCAGUCAACAGCGUACUUCCCGGAGGCACGGUCCGGGCCCCCUCCUGGGAGACAGGCGACCGACACUUGACCUGGACGCACAGCACUUUGUCACUGCCCGCUCUGUCACGCUCUUCCCCAGGACGUCACUGAGGCCGGGACCCAGAACAGCACGAGGCGUGUUCUCUCCAAGUUUUCCGCUUCCAGACAGGCCGCUCUUAGGCCAAGGCCUCGCGGUCCAAGGCGGGAGGGGCCUGGCGUGAAAAACAGCUGCCUGCCCACCUGCUUCGGGCGGACGCGCUGCUCGGUCGUGCGGGGCCACACCCGCAUUAGCGUCCUCAGCCUGGCCGCCUCCACCCUGGGUCUCUGAACGAAGUCAGGAGAAUCCAAAUCCAGUGUUUGUAUUCUGUGCCGGCAAAAUACCCGAUUCUGUCUCUUUACUUGCGCUUAUAAAGAGAUUCGACAGAAGUCACCAAAGCCUGAAAGCGAAGGAAGCAACACGAAGGGCGCUCCCGUGGGACGGACGGGCGGGCUCCUGCUACCGCAGGGUCGUGCUGGGUGGGGUGAGGCGGGGAGAGGCGCGUGCCGUGCCACGCACACGGGCAGCGUGCAAAUGCUUCAGAAGGACAGGGCCAGCAGUGUGGCUGGUCUUAGGCGGAGGGCCCUUAACUGGUACCCCUGCUGCCCUCCCAGGUGGCCUCAGCUAACCGUCUUCAGUAGAAGCCAGCUCCCCAAAGUGUGCACAAAACCCCACGCUAGUAGUAAACCGAAGAGAGGAAAGCUUCCAACCUAACACAGAAGCUGGGAGGGACCGCCUGGGGAGACACAGGCCUGCAAGGCGGAGCCCGGUCUGGCACCGGGGCAGAGCGUGGGGCCACCACUGCCACCUUGCACCCGACAACAGCCUGCUUCGCCAGACGCGGCGCGUGCCUGGAUCCUUCCGCGCCGCGUCCCGUAAACACCUGCUCUAAAACCGUGGCAGUAGAAGCCCCCUGCUCUCCUCGACACCAUCCGCUCACCUGCACCCCGACGUCACGACGCACCACAGGCCUGCAGCCCCCUAACUGCACCUCUGAAACCCACAAAGCUCUAAAAACAGGAAGAUUUGUUUGUCAAGUUUGCGGCACAUUCCCUUGGUAGCAAACCUUGAGCUGAAGGGGUAGGAGAGCGCUUUUCUGAGGAAAGACGAGUGUGAAUGUGAUUGCGGGGCACGGGCCCGGCCCCACAGGGCCCCGUAACACGCAGCACACACAGCAUGUUAACCGUGUGCGCGCAAACGCAGAGAACAGGUGGACGUAGGUCGUUUGCCAAAAGCAGCCGGAAGGAUGCACACGCCGUAAGAUCUCAUUCGUACGUCACCCUACGCUUUCCUGCGGGGUUACGGUGACGGGGAGCGGCUGGGGCUGGCAGCUUGGGAACUCCAACCCGCGUUUAGGUUUGUGCAUCCAAAAAUGUGUUGCUUUCUGUCGCUGCUCAGCAAUACACUGUAUUUAUUUAUUUAUUUGUUUAUUUUUCCCUUCUGACUCCCUUCACCCGUUUCUCCUCCCUGCCCCGGCAACCACCAAUCCAUGCUGUUUCCGUGGCCUUGGUUGUUUUUCUUACAGAUCUCCUGUACCACUGAGAUCAUGUUCUACUCUUCUUUGACUUAUCUCACUUAGCACAGUGCUCUCCAGGUCCGUCCGUGUUGUCGCAAAUGGCCAGAUUUCAUUUCUGUUUAUGGCUAAUAAUCCGCGGUGCAUGUACCCGCCCCCCCCCCUUCUUCUUCAUCCACUUGUCCGUCAAGGGACACUCAGCUGCUUCUGUGUCUGGUCUGUUGUGAAUAACGCUGCAGUGAACGUGGGGGUGCAGACACCAUUCUGACUCAGUGCUUUUGUUUCCUUUGGGUAGAUACCCAGAAGUGCGAUCACUGGAUAAGUAGACCCGCUUUUGACUUCUGAGGCACGUCUGUACUGUUUUCACAGUGGCUGCAGCAGUGCGCAUCCCCACCAGCGGUGCACGAGGACCCCUUUCCCGUACUCCCUCGCCAGCGCUCAGUGUCCUCUUGGUGGCGGCACCCUAGCAGGCGUGAGGAGCACCCACUGGGGUUCUGACGCGCUCCUCUGACGAGUGCCGCUGAGCACGUUCUCACAUACACGUUGGCCGUCUGCGUUCUUUGCAGAAAUGUCUGUUCUCAUCCUUUGUGAUCACAUUUUAUUUCGCUACUGGGUUGUGGGAGUGCUUUAUGUAUUUUGGAGAUUAGUCCCUUAUCAGAGAUAUUAACAUACUAACUUUUGAGAACCUGAAAACUUAAUUCUGACACAUCUGAGCCGAGGAUGGCAGAGUGUGGCUCUGCGUUUUGCCACAUUCCAUUCAGGGAAAUCGCUCCAUUUGGCCCUGGUCUCUCGGGAGAUUUAGCCCAUGACUUGGUUGCCAUUAUGUUUCUGUCUGCAGAAUAUAUCCCCUCCGGGAUGAUGCGAUGACUGAGUUCAGAGUCUGCCUGUGCAGAAGCAUGAAAAUACACUGGACACCAGGGUCCUGGUCUUACUCGCCCCUGGUAGCUGUGAAAUUCUGGACAGGUGGGGCCUAAUCUACUUCCUGGCCAGUAAAUCAGGGGCAGAAUUAGAGAAGUUUCUGGGUUGCCUCUGUCCGUGAAUGUGCUAUUUCUACUGAAGGGCGCAGCGCCCCUCUGCUGCAGGGUUUCCCCCAGUCCUGAAAGUCUCAGACCCGACCCCCUCCGCUCCUCAAGCUGUGGGCUGCACGGCGGGGGGUCCCGUGGCCCCGGCUCCACUGGGGAACUCUCGUGUUGGCCGAGCGAACGGCGGGUUGCAGCGUGCCCGGCACUGCAGCCGUGGGGCCUCUGACCUCACACGCACCUGCUACCACGGAGUCUCAGUCCUCGUCCUCUCACGGCGGGUGGGCGGGGCUGGGGCCAGGGUCAGUCCCAGGUCCACCACACACGGGCAGGCUCUUGGGUCAGGAAGCCAGCACUGUUCUUAGGGGACACGGGACCCAGCGAGUGGGCUGGUUUGGGGUGGCAGUGCUAUUUCAAAUAAAAAGACCCUUUUCCUCGCU